AUGCUCCGUGAUGAGGUGGGGAUGGAUGUGCCUGUGCUCCUGGGCGGACAUAGUAUGGGCGCCUACGUGGCCAUGCGCCUCUUUGCACGGUUUUCGGAUCAUGUGCGUGGACUGCAUCUCCUCUUUCCUACCAUCAGUCACAUAGGCCGAGCGCCGCAAGCACGACUGGUAGGUCUGCUACUUCCUCCGCCCAUGCUCCUCUGCGUGUAUUGGAUGGGGCUGUUUCUCGCAUGGCUUCCUUAUACGUGGACAUACACCCUGGUGGCCUGGCUUACAUGGCAAAAUGAAACCUCGGCCCGUAUUACCACGGACUUUGUACGCAGGCCGUACGCGAGUUUCACAGCUCUUCGCACGUUUGCUGACGAGCAGGAUAUGAUCACACAACUGCCAGCUGAUACACUGUCAAUAUUGAAGGCGAAGCGAGUGCCGGUGCACUGCUACUGGGCCAAGGGUAACUCUGACGCAUGGGCCCCAUCAUGGCAUCGUCAACAUGCCGAAACACAUAUGGAGCUUACGCCAUGGUCUGUACCCGAGACGCUACGGGAUGCGGAUAACCCCGUGCUGGUCGAGUCUGUCGUUCCGACCUGGUCGUCCACGGAAUGCACAUGGAAGCUCCCUCAUUCGUUCUGUCUCGAGCACGGGCCCACGCUCUCCAAGGUCACGGCUCAUUGGCUCGCGAAGGAUCUCGCAGCGUCACUGAACACGUUUGCGCACCUGAUAUGCGAAUCCAAGCAGCUAUACUUGAGUGCCCAAGCGAGCGGGCGGCGCAUCAAUGUAUUUUCGCGGCGGAACAACCUGAUGCAAUGCUUGUCGUUUGACGAUGUGCCAGGCAGUCGAACAGCACAUAUCAAAGGUGUAAGUGGCUUAUCGCUCGGCUUUGAGUCACCGACCUCGGACAAUGUUUUGCUGAUUGCCUCUAUCGGUAGUAUUGUCGCCAUUUGGCGCUUAGAUGCUAUUAAUAUGGCCAAGAUGGGCCAAGUGCCUGUGUACAAGCGGUGGCGCCUUGAUGGCACCUUGCCGAUGCGUGGACAACUUGUCUCUACGACUAGCAUUACGCAUGGCAGACUUGCUAUCGGCAGCAAUACCCAUUUGUCUGUCUGGACCAAAGGUACGCAUGCCAGUUCCCAGUGGCGCAUGGCCUGGUCCGUUCGAACACCUCGCCCCCUUCUCCGUGUACGUUGGUCGCCGCAGGGCGAGUACGUGGCGGCAGUACCAUUGGCCGAUACACGCGUCAUGGUAUGGCAUGUAUCCCAGGCGUAUCCUGCCCAAGUGACACGUGUCGCGAUGUUGCGUCAUACACGUACCAUCCACUCGAUUGAUUGGCGACAGGCAGAGGAUCCAAACAACGAGGCUUUGGUGCUUGUUGUGAUUGCCUUAAACAAUGUGGCGUACCUUUAUGCACCCGUUCCUGGCGAGCAGCAUUCACUACGACAGUGGGCGGCGAUUGAUGUGGCGAGCGAUGUACGCGAUGUAUCGUACGGCAGUGAUACGCCGGCAAUGAGCGAAGUGGUGUCACUCAUGUACUGUGAUGCACAUCGUCUGUCUGUGGCACUGAAGCAUGACAUGGAUCUACUUGAGCAGCAGGAGCAGAUGGUACAAGUCGGUGUGGAAGAAGAGGCACCCGAAGUGGCUCAUGUACGUACGACGCGACUCAAGCAGCUUCGGCAGUACCGAUCCCAAGCACCGGAUCUGUUUUUUGCGCUGAUGAAAGAUGGUUCGAUGGUCGUCUACGCCGUUUUGCAUAUCAGAGCGGCGCAGGCGCAUCUGCUGCAAACACUCAUGGUGCUACGUAUUCCGCCGUGCAUCUCAACAGAACUCUCACAAGGCCCUCUCUACAUGGAGUUUUUCCCGCUUGCACCACCCAAGAUUGCGAUCAAAGCAACUUUGCCUACGGCAGUGAUUCACGCUCAGACUGCUUCCGGACUGCGUGGCUCGAUGGCUGUCUCCAUGGCUCUCUUGCUUGAUGGUGACCUUCAUGGCUUGUUCGUUCAAGAUAUGAUGGUUGGCGCGGAAGGAAACGAGACAGAUACAGAUACAUCUAUACGCUCGUUCUUGCAAGCAGAGCACCGCUCUGAUAUCUUGUCACUGGAACUUACGAACAAUCGAAGCUCACUUCUUAGCUUCUCGCGCGACGGUGUGUUAAUUUGGUGGCGACUGGUAGAAAUGGGAGGGAGGGCUAUAUUCCGCUCGAUCCAUCAGACCCGGCUGCGUGAUACAUUGGCAGCCUGUUCCAUUGGCGACGGCCCUCAUAUUGCGGCGCUGGACGAUCACCAUGUGGUUAUUGGCCUCAUCAACCAGGAGCGGUUUGAGGAGAGCGACGCACCGAACUUUUCGAUCAACGAUGUCACCAUGCAACCUCAUGACAUUCCAGCGAUCUCAGAGGAUACCAUGGUUGCCUUCCACAGUGUGAACUUGCGAGAUGGCGCCUUGCUCAUUCUGUGUACUUCGAACGCCGAACUACGGAGCUGGACGAUCCGAAAACGUGCAGCAUGGGCAGUUGAGACGCACGACACUGUCUCGCUCGACGCCACUAAGAUUGUGUCAGCGCUGAUCGUGCCACAUUUGCAUCCUGGCCAUACACCGGCCUUGCUGACCAUGUCCGAUCAGGGCCAAUUUGACGUGUACGUGGCUCCCACCUGGGAACGUGUGGCGCGUGUAAAUACGGGCUUGCACGACGUGGCCUUAAUGCGUGUAGAUGCAUCAGGUCACGUUGCCAUUCUCUCGCAUACGAAGAACCAGUGGCAUGUUCAAAUUCGCGACCUUUCAUGGAUCGGCACAUGCGAUACGCUAGUGCAUGCCUUUACCAUUGAGUCACAGUCCAAGCCGAGCAUGGCCUGGACGACCGUUGAACAGCUUGGCAGUAUUUUGGCAGUCAGUGCCGACAACCAGGUCCACAUCGUUGCGGAAAGUGGGCUGUUCUGGUCGACCAUGGCCUUAGUGGACUUGAACGAACUGAGUACAGGCCAUGUAAGCCAUGUCAAGUGGAUCUGUCAACACCGCCUGCUGAUCUCGUCCUCAUGUCAGCUUUUCAUGUUUGAUACGCAUUUACAGGCGCAUGGCUCGCAAGAUGGCGAGAGCCUUGUAGCCGCUCUGGCAGAGCGGCACAAGAUGCGGCCUUACUACGAAGCUGUGCACCUUCGCGAGUGUCUUCUAUUUGGCAUGCUCGAUAAUGUGCAGGCCAUUGUGCGUGCUAUCGAGGCACAUUUGCACGGCUUGGCUUGGCCUGCUUUGACAUGGUCGUGGACACGUACGUCACUUACGCAGGGCCUCGAUCUGCCUGCCGAUCAACUUCGCAAUAUGGCCGAGAAGGUAUCGUCCCAAGGCAUUGCAGAAAUGCCGCAUGAUGACAGCAGUGCGUUGGCAUAUGCGCUUCGUGCCGUGCAUACCGUCGCUACAUCUUCACAUGUUCUAGACGAGUAUGGCCUGCAAUUCCUGGUGCACUGGGUAGCCUCGCAAUAUCAGACGGCCCGUCUGAUCCUGGCGUUCCGCAGUGCGGAGCAAGAGGCCUUGUUGAGCAAAGUGCAGAGCAUGUGGAUACAGCGUCCGUCCUGGGAUCAUAUUCGAACGACAGGAGUGUUUUGCUGGGUCCGCUCACGCGAGGCGCUCGUCCCGAUCAUGGAGCAGGUCGCUCGUGCAGCCUUCUCGACGGGGGAUGAUAUCAAUCCGGUGCGAUGCACCCUGUUCUACUUGGCCCUGAAAAACCUAUCCAUGGUGCGCUCCGUUUGGCGCCGAGCUGUCGGCCACAGCGACCAAAACAAGAUGAAAACAUUCCUCGCGAACGACUUUACGCAGGAACGAUGGCGUGUUGCUGCCCAGAAAAACGCUUUUGCAUUGAUCAGUCAGCGCCGCUUUGAGUUUGCUGCGGCCUUCUUCCUACUGGGAGGAGCAAUUUCCGACGCUGUCAACGUAUGUGUGCGCCAUUUGCAUGAUCUUGAGCUUGGCUUGGCAUUGGCGCGCAUUUUCGAAGAGGACGAAUUCGGCCCUGUGUUUUUAAAGGCGGUACGCCAGUACGUGCUACCGCAUGCGAAAGAAACUGGCGACCGAUGGCUAUGCGCUUAUGCGCACGACGUACUAGGAGAGCCAGCGUCGAUUGCUACGGCGCUCACGGAGCCGCUCUCGGAGGCUAUGUCAACAGAAGCUGUGCCAGCGCUAGACCGCCCUGACCCAGGCCUGCUUUUGCUGCUAGAGCAGUGCAAGCGUGAUGCAUGGUACAACGAUGCGAUCUCUCCUCAGCGGGAAACGCAAUACGUUUCUCUAUGUGCACGGCUAUUGCAGCGGAUGGGCUGCGACUUUUUAUGCGUUUCUGUGCUACGCUCUUGGUCCUUUGCGCGCAUUACGCCACCGCCUGCAGAGGCAUCGGCUCCAUCCCGUCAAGAGGAGGAGGUGCCUGCGCCCAAGAUUAAAUCGCUCAUAGGCGAGCGGCGCCCACCGCCGGCACAAAGUGCAGCAGAGUUUGAUAUGAGUGCCUUUGGGCUUUGA